UCUCGGACCUUCAGCUGCAGACACCUGUCGCCAAUCUCCGGUCUGAUCUUGGAAAUCACGUCACGUCGUCUUCUUCCUUCUCAAAGAAUGAAUCAUCGGACCAAAAUCGCUAUAAAAUCUGGCGCGAAAUCGGCUUGCUUCAGACUCUCUGUCGCUGUGGAGAAAGACAGUCAAGCCUUUGGUUUCAAGAUUGAACCUUUACUCUCGCCACUACCUUUCGACGAUGAAGUCCUUUGCCCUGCUGUUCCUUGCUGUCUUCUCGCUGUCGUACUGGACAGCAGACGCCGGGCGGGGGGACACGCUCCCGCCUAGCAGCAACUAUAGGCUCGCAGCCAGGCGCGGGGACACGGCAACCACCUACCGGAGGGGCCCGGGCUGGUACCGCGGACGGGGAGACACCGCCGCCCCGAGCAGCUACAGGAGCGUCGGCCGGGGCGACACGAGCAUGAGCCUCGCCAGCCCGGGGAUGAAGCUCGCCCGCGGUGGGAGCGCCUCCGUCGGCGCCGGGAGCACCCGAGGAGACAUGUCGCUGUUCGGAGAAAGCCGAGAGGGCCCGAGGGCUGACAAAACCGGAGUCGUCGGAGAUCGUCGGAGGCCGAGCGCGGGCCGAGGAGACACGAGCAUCCCCGGCACCUACGCGAAGACAACCGAGCAAAAGAUGUCGGGCCUGAGAAUGACCAACUAUGUAAACAGCGAGGGCAACUGUGUGUACACCUUGUACCUACCCCGUGACGUCAACACCAGCCCCACCUGUCCACCAAUGGCAGACCGGGACGCCAUGUGGCGCGCACAGGACGACCUGGUCGCACAACUGGCUGCUGCGCGUGCGCAGGUGGCCAAACUCAUGUCAGAGGUGGAUCAGUUGGAGAACCGUCUAGUAGAGAAAGAGCGUCAUCUAGCGGAAGAAGGGAGCGAUGCAACAGCCGACAUUGUUCCCUGAAGCAGUCACUGUGCAACUCAACCUCUUAUUCUAAACAUUUUUCUUACGUGGAGCAAAGACAAGAAAUGUCUUUGCAUGGAGUAAAAUAGAACGAAAAUACGUCUUUGCUUUUCCUCAUGCACAUAUGCAGCUGUUAUAUAGCUUUCAAAUGCACGCACAAAUUGUAUCGAUGUAAAUCUUUUUGUUUAUUUUUUUCAACGACAAUGUUGUGUGGUAGUGAUAUGCACAGAAGUGAACUUCGGUACACUCAGUGUCAAUGAAUUGCUGUUCAAAUAAAGAUGGAUUUUAUGUAAA